CAGGUCCCAGGAGCUCACAGCAGCCUCUCACACCGCAUAUGGACAGUGAAUCCUCCACGAUCUGAACAUUCAACCCAGAGACUGGAUGUAGAUGCUCUGCUCUCUGCGGACCAGAGUUUGAUUGAUGGACAAUCAUAUUAUAUUUGUUUUAUUUAUAGAAUAAAUCAGCGUUCGUGUUUGGUGCAGAGGGGCGUGCGCCGUCGCAGCGUGAUGUCGUCAUGUUGCCUUAGAAACAGCAGCGCGUCGGCUAGCUACAAGCUAACUGUGUUAGCUGUUAACGUUGUGUUUGUGACUUCGUAGCGUUUCUUUUCUUUCAACGAGUCGACGGAGCUCACGUGUAACCGGUUCACGACUCUUCUCUCACCCGCUGAGGUGCAGUGACUGUCGGAUACACAACGAACCACAGUCGCCUUGUGGUCCGAGGGGAGCUAACAGAUGCUAAAAGAUUCAAAGGGCUGCUAACGGAUGCUAAUAGCUGCUAACAGGCGCUAACAAGAGAACAUGGAGUCUGUGUCAGAGCUGAAGAAACAUCUGGAGGAUGAAGAUCUGAACCUGCAGCAGAAACUCGUCCUGCUCAACAGCAGCGUCAGCAACGCCCUGAACGUGGCGGCGCUUCAGACCGACAGUGGUGCGUUGCCUCGUGUGAAGUCUGAGCUGUAUCGCAGCGGCGUCCUGAGUCACUGCGUCCUCGUCCUCGCUCAGGAUCCCAGAGAGCUGAGGGACAACUGGAGCGCAGCCGCCACCCUGGCCCAGCUCACCAGCUCCUGCUGUGUCGGCUUUGACCCUGGUGACGAUUCAAAGGCCUUUUAUAGGCUCCUCCUUCCGUCAGUCGUGGACGGCCUCCUGUCGCUGGCCAGUCGGCUGAUGAGGCGGGGGGGGUGUUUGUCUUUGUUCAGGAAAGUGAUGGAUGCAGUCGUGCGUCUGCUCGGCGUCCACACGCACGUCACCGCUCAGGUGCUCAGCUCUGUUCACUAUGAGCAGAUCCAGAUGUGUGACGACGUCACCGUGUCUCUGCUCUGUGUCCAGAUGUGGAUUCAAACCUGCACAGUCAACAGGAACUUCCUGUCCAGCCUGACUGACGACUCCAUCCUGUUGCUGCUGAACGAGGUCGUCGGCCAAUUAGCCGUCAGCACCGACGUGGCGGUGGGAGGGGCCUCCGUCCAACUCAUCCUCCUCAUGGCCAAUCAGCUGCAGCUGCGCUUUAAGCCCCUCCUACUCAACUUUAGAGGACUGGACGAGCUGCUGGACAAAGACUGGAGGGGGCGGGGCUUUGACCAGGAUGUGGACCAGCUGAUUGAACUCAUCCAAUCAGACAGAGGCACGACGAGUCCCUCUCAGGUGAGUGCUGAGCGUGUGCGGGCGGCGUGUGUGAUCCAGGCGUCAUGGAGGUCGUAUCAGACCCGACGCAGAGUGAAGAGUCUGAACAGAGCUGUUGGUUCACUGCAGAGGAGAUACAGGGCUCGGAGGAGGCGGCAGCAGCAACAGAAGGAGGCUCAGCAGUGGGAGGAGGAGCUUAAGUAUCAGGUGUGUGUGCGACGGCUGCAGGCGAGGAGGACGUUCCAUCAGAAACAGAGACAACUGCUGCAGCUUCUUCCUCCUGAGCAGGUGCAGUCGUACCUGCAGGAGUGUGAGCGGCGAGCGGCGGUGGUGAUCCAGAGCUUCUGGAGAGGCUCCAGAGAGCGACGCAGCUACAUCAGCUCACAAAGAGACGAUCUGAGGCGACAUCGAGCCGCCAGGACGCUGCAGAGAGCGGUGCGUCGCUUUCUGCAGAACAGACGAGCGACAAAAGCCCCGCCCACUGCACCUUUCUGGAUUGGUCAGAAAGGUUUGACGGACAGUAGGAGGGUGGAGCUGAAGGCUCAGGUGGAGGAAUACAUCGCUGAGCAUCGAUCGUCCCGUGUGUCUCUGGACGAGUGUGAGCGUCUCCAUGAGGAGGUUCAGCUGCUGCUGCUGUCGGAGCUGCAGAGAGGAGAUGAGCGGAGGAGGGAGGAGCAGAGGAUGGAGGCGCUGCUCGCUCACACACACACUCAGCUGGAGCUGCUCAGAGACGCCCCGCCCCUCUCUGUUGUCACGGCGACAGUUGCAGAGUCCUUCCUCAGCCCCUCGGGUCUCUGUGACGCUCGCGCCCGUGACGCCCACAACGCGACGCUGCGGGCGAGCCGGCUCCCCUGGUGGAGGACGCUGGGAGAGCCGGUGGACUCGCUCGACCCCGCCCACCUGCGGGAGCUUGAGGCGGAGUUCGGAGGACUGUUUGUCGGCGGGUCAGCAAACAUUUGACGUGAAGACGGAGCUGAAGACUCAGAUCACACGCUGACGAACACAAGACGUGACUGCGCUGCCAUCUAGUGUCGUUAUUCAGAACUGACUCAGAACAUGACUCGUUUAGUUUUAACGCUCAUCGCCGUUGCUAUGGUUACGCCAGGCGGAGCUUCGGAAUCAGACUAAACGCUGCUGAUCUCGUGUUAGUUUGAAAACCCGCCCUCGUUCUCUUCCUGAUCGGUUCUCAUCAGUCACAUGACUCGACCGCCAGGUGACCACCAGGUGACUCAGUUCUGAGAUGUGAUGUCAUAAUGUGUGUAAUUGUAUUCAUUGUAUUGUUGCUGCAGUAACAGUCUGAGCCAGCAGAGGGAGCUGCUCCCUCACCACAGCACUGUGACGCUUCUCUUUUAUUGUCACGAUAAAGUUUUUAUGAAGCAUUUGUUUGUUUUUAUUGAA